AUGUCGGGACGGCCCUUCGCAGCGCUCCUUCUGUGUCUCUGCAUAACGGCGGGUCAGUCCCAGCAGUUUACUAUUACCGUUGAGAACAGCCAGAUAAAUGUCCCCGUUGGGGGUGAUGCGCUUUUUUCAGUGCGGCCGUCGUCCAAGGUCAGAAGUGGAGACUGGUCUGUUAAUGGGAUAUCAGUCGUCCGGUGGCUCGAUCAGACCGUGUCUGUUGGCAAUGAGUACACAUCGCGGGCAGAGUUAUUCACCUCCAAUGGGUCGCUUCUGCUGAAAUCGGUGAACGUGCGGGACAGCGGGGAAUACCGUGUGAAUAUGGUUCCAGUCAGUGGCUCCCAAAGCUCAGCGACCAUCACUCUGCGUGUUAUUGCAAAAACAGAUGACAAAUAUACCCUCGGCUCUGGCGCAAUCGUGGGCAUUGUGCUUGGUUUACUUGUCGUGGGACUGAUUGGCGGAGUCAGUGGAUUGUUGAUGGCGAGGAAAAUUGGCGGGAUCAAAGAUAUACCACAAUCCAAGCACGACAGGAGCGUCAAUUCCGGAAGAAAGAGCACGCCGGAUACAAACACCGUGAACCCAUCGCAAAUCUAUGAAAAUUUCAUGGGGAUUGAACAGGGCACAAGGGACAAUGCAGACGAUGGAAGCUCUACUUAUAUGGGACUUGUGCUGGAGGACCGAUCUGUUUACAGUGAUCUGAAGAGAUGACGUCACUGGGGAACGGAAGAGGAUGGUUGGCAGGUGAAUUGACACAGAGGAAGGACAACCAUCGAGGAAAAAGCCAUCGUUCACAAUGUCUUUCGUUAUUUCUUUAUAAUUGUUCUCCAUGUCUCC